UCUCCUACUUUAACGUCUUAUACAAUCCCGCACCAUUCGCCAGCUUUCCUUUGUCCCUUUGCCACGAUUCUUACCGUACAAUCAUCCUGUUCCCGGGCAUUUUCGCUCGCUCGCCAUGCCUCAGCGCUACGAGAGGAUAGCAGCAAACGACGAAGAUGAAUCUUCCUCGUCACCCAUAACUCAGACCUCUCACCAACACUACCCGAUACCCAACUCUCCGCCACCGUCCUUCCGCUCGCGCGCCUCGUCACCAAACGCAGCGUCACGACGUCUUCUUGCCGAAGACCCACUCGACGAAGACCCUCAGCAAACGCUGGCCGAUACCUUUGAUUCUCCUUCUGACGAUGAAGGCUCAGACGAUGAGAAUGCCGAUGGAUUGGAUGACCGACAGCGGUUGAUGCGGGCGAACACGGACGACACAACUGAGACGCAGACUAGACCGGGCGAGAUACAGAGGCGCGUCACACAGCUACCAGCAUUUUCGACGACAACGCCGAUGAGGCGGUUUGGGGGUGGGAGUGGGAAUGACGGUGUGUUUGCGAAUCUGAGUGCGAAGCCUGCGCCAGGUGAUGAUGUGGAAGAGAAGCCUCCCACAUAUGAACAAGCCGCUGCAGAUGCUACGCCGCCCUACUGGGAAACCACUAUUCUUGCACCCGGCAUGCUCACGGAUGAAGUCGUCAUCGACGGCCUUCCAGUCGGGUCUCUCCCCUCGCUGUUCUGGAACUUCAUGAUCACCAUCGCCUUUCCCGUCGUCGGGUUCCUCCUUACCUAUCUACUACAUACUACACAUGCUGCGAAACGCGGUUCUUUUGCCGGUCUUGGUGUCGUCCUCAUACAAUACGGCUUCUCAUUGAAGGGAAGCCCCGAGCCGCUGCCAGAUCGUAACGGCGGUAGCGGCGACUUUGGCGGUCCCCCUAGCGACCCUAACAACCACAACUUUAACCCGGGAGACAUGCCAGACGGCGGAAAUAGCGGCGGUAAUGUUCAAAUGGGAAUCACGACGGAUGACGUUUUUGCAUACAUUACAAUGAUCGUGGGAUGGUUUAUCUUGAUCAAGAGCCUGAGUGACUUUAUGAGAGUCCGGAGGCACGAGCAACUGGUACUGCAGAGUCCAGAGAGGAACGCGGCCGUUGCAGAAGAAACGUCGAGGGGAGAGCAGGCUGUAUAGAGAAAGCUCAACAUUGGACAUUUUUUUCUUUUGUUUUCGGGCUUGAAUACGGGGUCGUCCGGGACAGGUGCUACCUCAUUACCUGCUCGUCCACAAACGCAUUGCAACGCAAGUUUCCUUGUUGGUGUAUCAUUGGUGUUCUGGUAUUUCUACUCGUGUAUGGCAGGG